AUGGCGAGCAACAUCUUGAGAUUAUUCUUGGUAGUGGUGGUCGCCAUCUUAGUGGGAUCAAAAACCGAAGCCUCAGUCAACUGUAGACAAACAAUCCCGACCCUUUUACCAUGUCUGUCAUUUUUCACUGGUCCGGGAUCUGCCAGGCCAAGCCCACCAUGUUGUGCGGCUGCACAUAAACUUGACCAGAUUGCGAUUAAGUCUACGCCUGAUCGACAAGCUCUUUGUCAAUGCCUAAAGAAUGUCGCGACUUCAAAACCUUUAAGAAGCAAAAUCAACUUCAACAAUGCAAAAGCUAUUUCCUCUCUUUGCCAUCUCACCACGACAAUUCACAUUGACCCGAACGUGGAUUGCUCGAGGGUUUGA